AUGAUCUCCAAGUGUCGUAUCCUUUUAAUCUACACCGUCCAUUUCAAAAAUCAGUUAUGUUUACCGGUUGUACGGUUUUCUUCUCAUGCUAACGAUCAAAACCCACCAAAGAGAAUCUCUAGAGUCGGUGUUUUGAUGCGUGAAACCGAGUCAACUCGGUGCGAGAUUUCCCAUUUGACUCAUUCUUUUUGUUCUUUGGCGCUUAAAUUGUGUGCUGCCAAAGGGUUUCUUUGUGAAGUGACGCAGCUUCAUUCAAAUGUAUUUAAGUUAGGGUUUUAUGAGGCUUUAUCUAUACAAAAUCAGAUCUUACAUGGUUAUGUUAAAUGUGGGGAGUUUAAGUAUGCUGUCAAAGUGUUCGAUGAAAUGCCUGUGAGAAAUAUAGUGUCGUGGAAUACCUUGAUUUGUGGGGCAAUCUCGAAUGAGGGAUUGGGGUUUUGUCAUUUUAGGAGAAUGCUGCUGGAAACGGUGAGACCUGAUUCUACAACGAUGAAUGCCUUGCUUCGUUCGAAUGUUGUUUUAUAUGAUUCUGAAAUAGGUAAACAGCUGCACGGUUUUAUUAUGAAAGUUGGGUUGAGUUCGGAUUGUUAUGUUGGUAGUGCCAUUGUUGAUUUAUAUGGAAAGCUUGGGUUAGUUAGUGAUGCGCGAUUUGCUUUUAAUGAGAUGGAAAUGAAGGACUUGGUUUCAUGGAAUGUGAUGAUUUCUGCAUACAAAAUGAAUGGUUUAAUAGGGGAAGCAAUCAGGGUUUUCAGAUCAAUGCAGGUAAAAGGAAUUCGAGGAGAUGAGUUUACUUUUGCCAGCCUUUUGAAUUCUUGUAAAUUGGGAUUAUGCUGUGAAUUAUUCAAACAACUUCAAGGACUUAUUAUCAAAUUAUCAUUUGAUUUAGACCUGCAAGUGGCUAGUGCUCUUGUUGAUAUGCAUGUGAAGAAUGGAAGUGUAAAUGAUGCCAGGAAGUUGUUUGAUGGGAUGAUUAUUCGAAAUCUUGUUUCCUGGAACACGAUGAUUGUAGGUUAUGGACAACAAGGAUAUGGUAAGGAAGCUGUGAAACUUUUUGCAGAAAUGUUCAGGAGAAAUAUUAGGCCAGAUGAACUUACUAUAGCUAGCAUUGUUAGUUCAUGUGGCGAUCUAGCAGCCGUCAGUGAAACUACACAAAUUCAUGCUUAUGUUAUAUUUUGUGGAUUUGAAGGCUAUUUAUCAGUUGCCAAUUCUUUAAUAGUCGCAUACUCAAACUGUGGCAAUUUAGCAAGUGCCUCUCUAUGUUUCAGUACCAUUACAGAACCAGAUUUAAUUACUUGGACAUCAAUUUUCAGUGCUCAUGCAUUCCAUGGUCAUAUUGAGCAUAGCAUUGAGAUGUUUGAGAUGAUGCUAUCAAGUGGUCUUAGGCCGGACAAUAUCUCCUUUCUCGGGAUACUUUCAGCAUGCUGCCACGGUGGUCUCAUAAGACAGGGACUUCAUUAUUUUAAUUUAAUGAUCACUGAUUAUAACAUCAUACCGAGUUCAGAGCAUUAUGCGUGUGUUAUUGACCUCUUAGGGCGUGCUGGUCUCUUGGAAGAGGCUUCCAUCAUUUUAAGGUCGGGAACUUUUUCCCUUGAAUCUAACGCAUUAGGAGCACUUGUUAGAGUUUCUAAAGCUCAUGGACAUUUCAAAUUAGCAGAAUGGGCUGCUGGAAAGCUCUUUGAAUUAGAGCCUGAAAAUCCUGUAAACUACACUCUUAUGUCAAAUAUGUAUGCAUCUUUUGGUCAAUGGAAUGAUGUAGCCAGAGUUCGCAAGAUGAUGAAGCAGAAAUCCAAUUCUAAAUUACCUGGAUUUAGCUGGAUUUAA